GAAUUGGAGGACUAUGCUAUUAAACUUGCUCUAAUACAAAAGCACUCAGCUACUGAAGAAAAACAAUUCCACUCGCUUCCUCACCUAGCCCUCUCUCCACGAUACGUCCAGUCCAGCCAUACGAUUCGAUCGAUCGCCAUGGGAAAGCUCACCGACGUGACACGCUCCAACGACAUCCAGCUCAAGAUCGUGGGCCACUCCUUGACAAUGGCCAUGGACGACGGCGAGUUCUUCAGUUCCAGGCGGUAUUGCGUCGGCGGACACGACUGGGAGAUCCGCCUGCGGCCGAAGGAUCCCUGGGUUGGCAGGCGCGACCGGCCGCUCACGCUCAAGCUCGUCCUGCGCGGCGCGCCCCGCACAGGCAGCGGCAGUGUGAAGGCCCAGCUAAGCUGCUGCUUGGUAGAUCCGACGCAGAAGCUGAGGCCGUCGGAGAUGAAGACCGUGUCGCAUAAGUUCCACAAGCCCGGUGACUACUCGCCCCGUGCCGUGUUCAUGGCAAGGGACGAGCUGGAGGCGUCGGGCUAUCUCACAGACGAUUCCUACGUCGUUCAGUGCGCCAUCACCGUGCUCCGAGAACAGCCGGAGAUAGCCGCGGCGGCGGCAGCGGCGGGCGACAGCGCGAAUGCAGCCGUGGCGCCGUCGUCCGAGUUGCACGCGUACCUUGGCGCCCUCCUGGAGAGCAAGACCGGCGCCGACGUCACGUUCGUCGUGUCCGGCGAGUCGUUCGCCGCGCACAAGGCUAUACUGGCCUCGAGGUCGCCGGUUUUCAUGGCCGAGCUGUUCGGGGCGAUGAAGGUGAAGGCCUCGGAGCGCGUCGAGGUCAAGGACAUGGAGGCGCCGGUCUUCAAAGCCAUUCUUCACUUCGUCUACACUGACACCGUUCCAGAGCUCGACCACCGUGAUGGCGAGGAGACGGAGGCAGCGUCGACGGCGACGGCGAUGGCGCAGCAUCUGCUCGCCGGCGCCGACAGGUACGGGCUGGAGAGGCUCAAGCUCAUCUGCGAGAGCAAGCUCGCCGAGCGCAUCGACGUCGACACGGUGUCGACCACGUUGGCGUUGGCGGAGCAGCACGACUGCUCGCAUCUGAAGGCCAAGUGCGUCGAGUUCAUUGCUGCCGGCACGGCUGAAAACCUUGAUGCUGUGUUGGCCACUGAUGGGUUCAAACAUCUGGAGGCGAGCUGUCCCUCGGUGUUGACUGACCUUGUCAAGGUUGCCCGUGGAAGAAAGCAAAAUUUGGUCACGUCGUGUACGAUCGCCGUGGGCGGAUACGACUGGCUGAUCGAGGUCUUCCCGGCCGCUUACUACCACGGCACCAGCUCCCGCAACUCCGGCCCCUACAUAAAGCUGCGCUUCACCUUGUCGAGCGACGGCGAGCGCACCGUGUCGGCGACGUUCAGAUGCCGCCUUGUCGAUGAUCAUCAGAUCAAUCAAACCGCCGCGUCCGCAUCCAGCUCUUUCAAGGAGGUGAUAGUGACAUCCAUCUUCUCCAAUGGCCAACCAAAGGACAUGUUCUUGGUGUCGAGGAGCUAUGCGUCUGAAUACAGAUACGUCCAACCAGACGACUCCUUGCUGAUCGAGUGCGCGAUCACCGUUCUGCUCGAAGCACCAGUGAACGCGGCGGCAAGCGUUCCGGCGCCUCUCUCCGACCUGCAGAAGCACCUCGGCGAGAUGCUGACGAGCAAGAAUGGCGCCGACAUCACGUUCCUCGUCUCCGGCGAGCCUGUCGCGGCGCACAGGUGCGUGCUCGCCGCGAGGUCGCCGGUGUUCAUGGCCGAGCUGUUCGGCGACAUGAAGGAGAAAGACUCGCAGAGCAUCGAGAUCAAGGACAUGGAGGCAGAGGUCUUCAGGACCCUGCUCCACUUCAUCUACACCGACACUUUGCCGGAGCAAGAUGACGACGACGUCGAGGCUGAAACAAUGGCGUAUGGUCUUCUCGAAGCCGCGGAUCGGUACGGCGUGGAGAGGCUGAUGCUGAUCUGCGCGGAGAAGGUGCACGCUGGCAUUAGCGUGGACACCGCCGCGAUGGCGUUGGCUCUGGCGGAGCGCCAUGGAUGUACCAAGCUCAAGGCUAGGUGCAUCGAGUUCAUCUUGGCUUCUCAGGAGAAUUUCCACGCAGUCGCUGCAACGGAGGGUUACAAGCUUCUCAUGGAUAGCUGCCCCUCUGCUCUGAAUGACCUUCUAGUGGCUGUUUUUCUGAGGUACAAAUUAACUGUUCUGUAACCGGAACAUGUACGGGAUAGAACAACGUUCCUAGAUAGAGUUGAGUAUU